CAACAACCCAAGAUGAAUUGGAAACUAAUACGCACUUGGAUGUAUGUCAUAUUCCUGAUGCAUGGUCAAGCUGGAUGUUAUUCAUCAGUAUGUCAAAUGUCUGCCUGUGGAGGAAACAAAGCAAUAACAACUCUGGAAUGCCCAGAGAAUUACAUGAUUCAGAUUAUAAGAGUAAAGAAUAUUGCUGAACGAGGAUGCUUCCAUUACAAGAUAUGUGACAGUCACAUCCAACAUCCAAAUAACACGAAAAGAUUAUGUAAUGAUCGCACCAAGUGUACAUUCCAAAAUAUGAUUUAUGAAGAUGGCCAAGGUGAAUUAUGUGAGGAAUAUAAUGAAGAAGAUGGAAGUAUAAUUUGGCAUAAUACAACAACACAAGAGGUCUGCUUUAGAUGUUAUCCAAUUCCUGUACCUAUUGAAACCACAACUACCAAUUCCAAACAAACUACCAUUGUAGAAUCUAAAAUGUGUCAAGGAAACAAUGUAGGCAUAAUUAUUGGUGCUUGGGUUGGUGCAGCAAUUGCAACAGCAAUUGUAACAAUCCGCUAUUUCAAAAACAGGCGCAAAUGGCAUGCAAAUUGCAGAUACAGAAAAAACCUGGUAGAAGUUACCUUAGAAAGCUAA